AUGAGUUGAAAACCUUUCAUUUGCUGCUUCUUUAAUUCCAAAAGAAACCCAUAUGGAAGCACCUUCUCCUUUUUUUUCUAGAUCUAAACCCAAAUGUCGUCUGUCCGAUCCGGCUCAGCCGCACAAGCUUUGCCGGCGUGGAUACCGUUCUCAUCCUCGACUUUCUAUGUGCUUUUCGUGCAAAGGCAAGGAUAUGGAAGACAGUAGGUACUAUUACUACUGUGUUACAUGCAAAUUGGAAUUCCACAGAGGUUGUCACGUCUUUCCACCGGAGAUAAAACACAUUUUUCACCCCUCUCACCCUCUAACUCUCAUUUCCGUAGAUCCGACUUUUGAUUUUUCACCCCGAAACUGGAAAGACAAGUCCUCUACAGAAGAAUCGAUAUAUGAAGUUGAUGAUGAUUGUGAAGACGACGACAACAAUAGUGAUGUUGCUGCUGAUGAUGGUGAUGGUGACUCUUUAUCCAAUGGUGCUUCUACUCGUGAAGAAGCGGUACACGAAUUUGAUAAGGACUACGAAGACGACGUCAACAAUAAUGUUGUCUACGAAGACGAUGUCAACAAUAAUGUUGAGGCUAAUAGUAAUGACGAUAAUAAUAAUAAUGAUGAUGAUGAUGAUGAUGAUGAUGAUGAUGAUGAUAACGAUGAUGAUGUUGUUGAUGAUGAUGAUGAUGAUGAUGAUGAUGAUGAUGAUUGCCUGUUUAUCUGAUGGAAAUCACCUGAAAUGCAAAUGUUGUCAGGUUCCACUACAAAAGGUAUAUUAUCAUUGUUCUAUCUGCAAGUUCUAUCUUAAUGCGACUUGCUCGAUGAGACCACCACCUCCCACUAUCUCACACAUCAAAAGUCAUGAGCACACCCUCACCCUCUUCCCUAUACGACUUCCUUUUCCUUGUGAUGCAUGUGGCUUGUCUCUAAGCGAGACCGAUGAUCUUGUUUACGCUUGUCUCCCUUGCAGCCACAUGGUCCACAGAUCAUGUAUCUAUCUACCUCGUGUCAUUAAGAUCACCCGACACCCACACCGUCUCUCUUUCAGUUUAUCCCUUCAACCUGGUGAUUUCUUAUGUGGAGUCUGUCGCCAAACCAUCGACGUCAACAACGGGCAAUACUCUUGUAAUAAGGGAUGUCAUUAUGCUGUCCAUUCAAAAUGUGCAACGAGAAAAGAGGUUUGGGAUGGAAAAGAUCUUGAAGGAGUGCCUGAAGAACCCGAGGAAUAUAUGGAGUCAUUUGUUAGGAUUGAUGAGGAGACAAUUCAACAUUUCAGCCAUGAGCAUUAUCUAAAGCUUUAUGAAAAGAACAAUAUUUGUGAGAAAGACAAGGUAUGUGAGGCAUGCACCCUUCCAGUAAUGAUCUCUCAGAGAUAUUAUGGUUGUAUGAAGUGUGAUUUUGUUCUCGAUGAAGCAUGUGCAUUUCUUCCUCGCAAAAAAUACCACCCAUUACAUAAACACCCACUUACGCUCCACGCUUUCCCACUUGGUCGGAUCUCCGGGUUCGGUCAUCUGUACCACUCGGCAAGCAACAUAUUCAUAUGUGAUGGUUGCAGCCGAAUUGGUUGUGGUUUUGUGUACAAAUGCGGUGAACAAGAUUGUACAUUUCUCGUAGACGUCAACUGCGCUUCUCUUCCAGAUCCUUUCAUUCAUGGUUGUCAUCCACAUGAUCUCUUUUUCAAUUUGACGGAAGGUAAAUGCAUGGGGUGUUCAAGUGAUUAUUGUUCAUCCUAUUACCUAGAAUGCAUUAAAUGCACUUCUUUUUUGGGUAUUAGAUGUGCUACUUUGCCUACUAAGGCACACUACAAAUACGAUAGGCAUCCACUCACCCUAUGCUACGGUGAUGAAGAUACAACAAGUGGCCAAUAUUGGUGUGAGAUAUGUGAAUCAAAAUUAGAUGCAAGCAAAUGGUUUUAUACAUGUGAAUUUUGCAGCAUCACUCUCCAUGUCAACUGUUUACAAGGGAAAGAUAUGUACAUGAAGCCCCACUACAUCUUCAAAUUGGUUUCUGGUAGAUAUGAAGUUGAAAUUGCUCGAAAUGAUGGUAACACUCGGCCACUUUGCUCUCAAUGUAAUCUUCUUUGUGCACAGACUUUGGUAUUCAAGCAGAUAGGCAGAUACGAAAGUUGUUGUACUCUUGAUUGUCUGGCAAAUUACAUUUGGAAAUUAGCAUUGGCCAAAAGAGAAAGGUGAGAGGGCACCUUGACAAAGAAAUCUAAUGCUAGACGAGAUGACAAGAAAUGCGUAACGUCUGAGUCUGAUAGAGCUAAGGUAUUUCAAUUUCAAGAAUUUGUUUUUAAGUCUUUUGGUUUCCGCUUUGUUUGUUUUCACUGUUAUGUUCAGCCGUUCAGGUUUAUUUGUGUGUUUAAACUAAAUUUUCCAGAAUAAUAAGAAUGCAUUUGUUUGCAUAUAUAGACUUGUGUCGGAACGAUGAGAGUAUUUUCACUAUUUUGGGAAUCGAAAGCGGCAGCAAAGA